GCAAACGAUCCGCGUGUGCUCGUAGUGGUCACUUGCGUUAACAAUUAUUCGCCAAUUAACUCAACCGUCUCCAAUUACUCAUUCCAGCGAUUCGUAAAUACGUCUACAUUGCUGAAUAAGAAAGAAGUGUGAUGUGAGAAAUAUAUAUGGAGUGAAACAAGACAAUAAAAUCGUGUUGAAUAAACAACAAAUAAUUAAAAUCAGAUUUUUAUGUUUUUAUAGAUUUAAUGAUUUUUAAGUGUACAAUUCAAUUGACUAUACACGCAACGGCUAUUCUAAAUUCCCCGCUUGACCAACGUAUCUUUCCAGAAGAGUAGGAGUGGAAACUCCAAGUGGAGAGAAAUAGACUGCAAACUAAUCGACACUUCACUAAUCGACAGUCACACGAAACAGAAAGUUACAACAGCAGUGGGCAAGCAGAGUAUUUGAUUAGUGUUUAGCGAGUAGUAUUAGUAUUGAUUAGAAGACGAUUAUAAGAGGAUGCUAUUUAAAGAAGAUAGUCAAGAAGUUUAAAUCUCAGUACUGAUUUUUCCUACACUUUUUAACGUUGAUAAUUUAUGCUAAGUAUAAGAUAUCGUUUUCGUGGAUGAUGACAGAAGAAAACAAGAAAAAAAAUAUUAAAGGACAAGCUCCAGAUGGUGGCUGGGGUUGGUUUAUUUGUCUUGGAAGCAGUCUAAUUUUGCUAUCUUUGCGAUCCUUGGAUCCAUCAUUUGGGUUGCUCUUCAAAGAUUUAUUAGAGAAUCUCGAUGUCGAUUCCACAGGAACUUCGGUUAUAAUGAGCAUCUUAGAUGCUAUCGUUAAUUUUUCAGGUUUUUUAGUUGGGCCAUUGUUAAAAAAGUACUCUUACCGACAAGUCGCAUUAUUUGGAUCUUUGCUAAGCUGCACUGGUUUAAUAAUUACAUCACAGGCUAAUAGUAUGCUGUAUAUUAUUUGCUCUUACAGUGUUUUAGGAGGUUUAGGUACUGGCCUUGCCACAGCUAGUUCUUUUGUCGCAUUAAAUACGUUCUUUGACAAAAAGCGAGGACAAGCAGUGGGUUUUUCCAUGGCGGGAAAUGCAUUGGCGAUGAUGAUCGUACCGCUGUUGAUACAUAUGCUACUAGACUUAUACGGAUUUCGCGGCACAACACUUAUUGUCGGAGGCUGGGCAUUACAUUCUAUAGUAGGAGCAUGUUUGUUACGUCCACUUAAAGAACAAUCAUCGAUACCACCAGUCGAAACAAAAUCUAAUGAAAAACAAGAAAGCGAUGCUCUAUUAAUGAAAUCAAAUCCUGAUGGAACACGGAGGAUGUCAAAUGGAUCGAUGUGGACGCAAGAUCAAAACGUGGAAAAUGAGCCAGUUCCAUUUAAAACGAACUCAUUUAUAAAGAAAAUAAAAACAAUAUUUGACUUAGAUCUUUUCAAAAAUACCACGUACUUAAAUGUUACUUUAGGUUGCAGUUUUUACUAUGUGUCUGAAUCGAAUUUCAAAUUAAUGACUCCUUUUUUCCUUUCGGAUAUCGGAAUGACGAAAGCGGAGGUGGCCUUUUGCCUGUCCCUGACUGCAUUCACCGACAUCCUCGCUAGACUGAUACUGCCCACGCUAUUCGACAAAUUCGGCUGGAAAAAGCGCAUAAUUUUUUGGAUCUUCUGCUUCCUCCUUGGAAUUGCACGUUCCAUAUUAGCGGAACAAUCGAAAGGGACGACGCUGAUUGUCAUGUUUGUAAUAGCGGGAUUUUUACGUGGUGCUACAUUGGUGAAUUUAAAUCUCUGCAUAUCCGAAUGUUGUACUUUAAAGAAGCUGCCAAGUGCACUUGGAAUAUUUAUGGUGUGUAAAGGCAUAUGCGUAGUCACCAUGAGUCCUUUAACGGAUACAUCAGGGAUGUCACCGAUAGCUACCAGAUUUGUCUUCAUGUAAUGACCGGCAUGAUAGUUGUUACAUUUACCGUGUGGAGUAUUGAAUUUUUAUACGUCAUCCUCUGUAGACGACUUGCAGUGGCUAAAAAA